AUGUAUAUCGCACUCGCCUUCCACGGAUUGAGAUAUCCUUUCCCCGUGCCCUCGACACAACCUGGCGCCCCUGACUGCACUUUGCAUACUCCUGGUUAUUGGGCUUUGCUGUGGCAGCCAUCAUCCCGCAUGUACUGCAAUCGCCCAGGUGAUGAGUACAAAAGCAGCAUCGACCACGAUGUGAUAUCUGUUAAAGCUGUCCUCAAUGGGAAAAGGAAGUCCAAAAGGCUCAUUUUCAGGCUCAAUAUCACUCUUGCUGGAGUCUACGCCAUACGGUGCAGCUGCUGCUUUUGGGGAAAGUUCAUCCCACAGUAUGCAGCGUUGGCGAGGAGAAACCGAGUAGUGUUGGCUAUGCUGUAG